CGAAGAAUCCGACGGUUCAGUCAAUCAUGGCAGGAAUCCAAUCCCAGCUGGACUCUGGAGCAGUACCCGGCCACAUCUCAAAUGUCUGCCCUCAAGGCACAAAGCUCUGGCUUCUCGAAUGCGGAUGGCUAGCAUGUGACGAGGGCUUCGUCGUACGCGGUGCCAAUACAUCUCUCGCCUCUACAGCCGGCCAAUCUUUUGAAAACAAGCGUCGCAAUCUUCCUGUGUACUGCUGCUUGAUCUCCCACCCACAUGAAGGCCUCAUUCUCUGGGAGACUGGUUGCGGAAAGGAUUACCCAGAUGUUUGGGGCCCGCAGGUGCAUGACGUCUUCCAUAGGGUCAAGUAUGAGGAGAGACACGAGCUUAGGAAUGCGAUCGCAGCGACUGGAAACAAGAUUGAAGAUGUCAAGAAGGUCAUCAUUGGACAUCUGCAUCUUGAUCAUGCUGGAGGUCUCGACGAGUUCUUUGGCCGCACAGAUGUCGAGGUUUGGGUCCAUGACAGAGAGUUGAAGAGUGCAUUUUGGAGUGUGGCUACUGGAGCCGAUGCUGGUGUAUAUCUGAAGCACUAUCUCAACUUGGACNUUACGUUCGAUGAUCGUACCAUUGACUUCUGUCAAGGCAUCACGCUGCAUCACCUACCCGGACAUACCGAUGGAUUGAUUGGCAUGCAGAUCAACUUGCCAGACAGUGGAACUUNNUUCUUCUUUAUUUCGGAUCACUGCCAUGUUAUCGAAAACUGGCGCGAUGGCAUCCCUCAAGGAUGGCUUGCUCGAGACCACCCAGCCUGGUUCCAGAGCACACAGCGUCUAAAGCGUCUCGAGCGUACAACUCGAGGCAGGGUAAUCCCUGGACAUGACGAAGAGACAUUCCUCGCAUUGCAGAAGGAGAAAGACGUGUUCACC